CAAUUGCAGCAGCAACAACUGCAACAACAACAGCAGCAGCAGCAGCAGCAGCAGCAGCAGCAGCAACUGCAACAGCAGCAGCAGCAUCAACUGCAACAACAGCAGCAGCAACUGCAUCAACAACAGCAGCAGCAGCAGCAACAGUUGCAACAACAGCAGCAGCAGCAGCAGCAGCAGCAGCAGCAGUUGCAACAACAGCAGCAACAACUGCAACAACAGGCACCACCGCAACAACCACAACAGCAACAGCAAGUUUCACAGCCGCAACAGCACCAUAGAAGAACACCACACAUCACAGUAACGACAAUGGCAUCAGGCCGUACCGUCGGGAGUAAUACCGUGACGUCAGUGGUGGCGGGGUCUUGCGGACCACGGGCUCACACUGCGACUGUGUCGGUGACGACGGCAGACACACCACACCAGCAGUCGGCGGCGUCCUCUGGGCAGGGCCAUGCACAGGCCAAGUCGCCCCUGGAGAUGGUGCAGAGUGUCGUCAGCUCCAUACAGCAGAAAAUGCCUGUAUCACAGGUGCCACAGCAGGUAAAACAUCAACACCAACAGCAACAGCAGCAGCAGCAGCAACAACAUCAUCAGCAACCUCAACAGCAGCUACUCAGUCAGCAACAACAGCAGCAGCUCCUCAGUCAACAACAAUUACAGCUUCAGCUCAGCCAGCAACACCAGCAGCAGCAGCAGCAGCAGCAACAGCAACAACAACAACAACAUCUGGCACAGCAACAGCACCAGCAGGCACACCAGUCUCAGCAACAGCAGCAUCAACAACAGCAGCUGAGUCAGCAACAGCAACAGCAGCAACAACAACAACAACAACAGCAGCAGCAGCAGCAACAACAACAACAACACCAACAACAGCAGCAGCAGCAGCAGCUGACUCCGGGCCACAUCCUGGUGUCGAGCUGUGGCGGGCAGCUGUUGGUGGCCAACACUGGGGCCGUCAUGGGAAAGCCAGUUCUCACCAGCAUGUCUAGCGGUGCUGUCACUCAGGUGAUCCCUACUGCGGUCGGAGUUCCGGCGACGGUGCUGGUGAACGCACUGCCGGCGCCACUGCUGCUGCAGCCGGGCGUGGUGGCGGUGGACGGCACGACGGCAGUGCAGAUCCCGCACCUCGUGGCGGCCGCGGGCGGCGUCCUGCAGCAGCCCACCUCGGCUGCCGACCUGUUCCAGCCCCACCAGCAGCACCUGCCGCAGCAUGGCCACCACCACCAGCAGCAACAGCACCACCAGCACCAGCACCACCGAGUCGCCACGUCGGUCGCUUCUGUGCACCACGGUCACCACACCGUCAGCGCGCAGGCUACGCUCCCGCAACGCAAGGCUGGCGGCAAGAGGCGCAAGGUGCCUCCGCAGACUGUCGCGUCGAUGCUGCACGUUGCGCAGCAGCAGCAGCAGCAGCAGCAACAGCAGCAGCAGCAACAGCUGCAGGGAUACCAGCCCGGAGCGAUGCUGACGAUUGUGCCGGGGAAGGGUGGCGCACCUGCGCAGAUCGUGGUGGGCGGUGCUCCGCCCUCACACUCGCACGCGCCUGCGAGCGCAGCUCCCGGGCAGCAGCCGUCUACCGGCCCACAGGCGGCGCAGCCCCCACCUCCGCCACCACCGCAGCCGCAGCCGUCACCUAUCAACCUGCUGCAGCCCGUCAGUGUGGUGCAGAACUUCCAGCCGGCCUUCCAGCAGUUCAUCGUUCCGGGUCUGGGCGGCAUGGUGAUGGCCGCCGAUGGCACCGCUGCCCUGUUGCCUGAUGCCGGAGUCCAGCUGCAGGGGGUGCUGCCACCGCAGCCUUUCGCCGGGGCGACUGCGGGCGGUCUGGUCAUUCGAGCGACCGGAGUAGGCCAGGCGGGUGUCGGCGCCCAGGCGACUGCCGGCAAGUUCUUGUCGCCGGCUCCCCCGCAGUUCCUGGUCAACGGAAAUGCCUUCAGUGGACAGCUCAGCCCACUGGUGGCAGCUGGCGUCAGCCCCACACAGCACCACCAGGUGACGUUCCAGACGACGGCACAGCCGCAGGUGAGGCCAGAGUUCCUGCAGUGUGCGACAGUACAGCAGACGCAGGCGCAGCAGGCGGGCACAGUGCACGCACAGCACCAGCAGCAGCCGCAGCAGCAGGUGCCGCAGUCGCAGGCGCAGCAGUGCAGCGCCACAGUGGUGCAGCACAACACGACGAUAGUGCAGCAGCAGACGACGAUGGUGGCGUCCAGCCGCGGGCAGCUGCAAGUGGCGGGCCAGCAGCAGUCACAGCCACAGACAGUCACCUUCCAGCCGCGCCCGCCGGCACCUGCCACGAAGCAGUCGGUUUCGACGCAGACUGCGGGAGCAUCGUGCCAGGGCCCGGUGCGCUCGUCGCCGCCCUGUGGGAGCGGCCAGCUGCAGCCGGCUCCUGCACCCGCGCCCACGCUGCUGCUGCUGUCGGGAGGACCGGGCCCGCCCCCGGACACCACAACCCACAGCCCGUCCUCUGGCCCCCAGCCGUCUGCCGCCGACACCACUACCGAAGGGCUGGCGUCACCCUGCCCCGGACAGGGCGUCGCUGUCGCGUCCUCGAGUGGCACGGACGUAUCUGGCAUGCCCAUGGUGCACUGCGUGUCCUCGAGUAACGAGCAGGAACCUGCCGGGUACCAGGUAACCCCUGGCUCGGCCGCCAAGUACCCUCGCCCCGAUUCGUAUGCCGAGCCGCAGCCGCAGCACUACUGGCAACAGACCCAGCAGAGCGCCGCUACGGGGCGCAGGAAGGCCGCCGACGGACACCGCCACGGCGGCCCAGAGGGACUGGGUAGAAACAACUGGCCAAGCCAGCUAGUUAAAACAACAGAAGCUGUUGCAUCAACUGCAGACUCUUCAGCAUCACUUACUCAAUCAAAUGUGGUGGAGUAUACAACUCCAGUUACUGCAACACCAGGCAGCUCGGCAACUCCUCCGACUGCACGGAGCAAGAAGGCACCUCAACAGCGACCUUGA